GGAGUCUCACUCUGUCGCCCAGGCUGGAGUGCAGUGGCAAGACCUCAGCUCACUGCAACCUGUGGCUCCCUGGUUCAAGUGAUUCUCCUGCCUCAGCCUCCCAAGUAGCUGGGAUUAGAGGCGUGUGCAACCACAUCUAGCUAAUUUUUGUAUUUUUAGUAGCGAUGGGGUUUUGCCAUGUUGACCAAGCUGGUCUCAAACUCCUGACCUCAAAUGAUCUGCCUACCUCAGACUCCCAAGAUGUUCGUAUUACAGUCGUGAGCCACGGCUCCCGGCCCCAAUUCCUGCUCUCUAGCUCCUGGAAAACCUGUGGCUGCAUGCAGAGAGUCUUAGACAACUUCCUUUUCCUCUCUGGGCCUUGGUUUCCCAUUCUGUAAGAUGAGAGGUUUCCAUAGGCCAACACUUUCUAAUUGGUGGUUUUCAAUCCUCUGGUGAUUUGCAUAAAAGGCAUCUAUUUCAAAUGUGGUUAUAAAUAACAAACCACAAUAAAUAGACUAAUUAUUUAAAUGUUUUCUCAUUAUCACUGAAUAGUUGAGAGUCUACUGUAUUUGAGUGAAAAUGCAGCACAAGAAACUGAAAUCAGAUGCACUCAUGAUUAUGAUCCUGAGGUCAAUAUGUCAUUCCCUUCAUUCCCUCUUUGCCCCCAUGAAGGUUUGACUACUGUAUAGUUUGACCCUGUGCUUCUUAGUUGUUUAUUCCUUAAGUUUUAGCCACAAUGGCAAAUUGCAGUGGGAAAUCCAGUCUUACUUUGUCAUUUAGAAACAAAAUACAAAACCUAUCAAAAUAAAAGCACUAGCUUUUUUUUUUUUGAGGCAAAAUGGAAGAAUUCCUAAUAUUAGGUUAGAAAAGCAUUUUUUUUUUUGGUGUAUUUUUUUUUCGAGACGGAGUCUUGCUCUGUUGCCCAGGCUGGAGUGCAGUGGCAGGAUCUCGGCUCACUGCAAGCUCCACGUCCCGGGUUCACGCCAUUCUCCUGCCUCAGCCUCCAAUGUAGCUGGGACUACAGGCGCCCGUCACCACGCCCAGCUAACUUUUUAUAUUUUUAGUAGAGACGGGGUUUCACUGUGUUAGCCAGGAUGGUCUCGAUCUCCUGACCUCAUUAUCUGCCCGCCUUGGCCUCCCAAAGUGCUGGGAUUACAGGUGUGAGCCACCGCGCCCGGCCUCUUUGGUGUGUAUUUUGAUGUGACAACUGCUAGUUAAAUUCAGUAUACAUAUGAAUUCACUCUUGGGACAAAAUAUGCUGGAUUUGAACUUAUUUUCAGGCAAAUCAUGUUUCAACUUGUGGAGCUAAUUCAAAGUAUACUGACUGCAUGCACUUCUUGCUUAGGGGAAGAAAACUCAUCAAAAUUUGUUUUUAGGCAUAUGUUAUUAGAGCUAGGAUUAAAAUAAAUCUUACAUACUUUCUUUAAUAUGCUAACAUUAACACGUUUCGCUUAAAAAAGUAUCGAUCAUUUAUCAUGGAAAAAUACACCAGCUUACACAAAUUUCUAAGGCGUUUUUCGUGAGUGUGUGUGUGUGUGUGUGUGUGUCUGUGUAGAGAUGGGGUUUCGCCAUAUUGCCCAGGCUGGUGUCGAACUCCUGGGCUCAAGCGAUCCACCCACAUCAGCCUCCCAAAGAGCUGGGAUUACAGGCGUGAGCCACAUACCCGGCCCGAAAGCUUUUUGUGAGAUUAUAUAUUUUACCUGCGAAAUAUAUGGGUCAGAAAGGUUUGAGGAAGUUGUUAGAUAAUUCUGCCAACAAAAUCUCCCGUCCUUUCCAGCUGUGAUGGUGAAGUCUAAAGUAGAAUUCAUCUUUGGAGCUUCUCCCUGUAGGCAUGCACCUUGCGUUGCACCUGCCAGAUGUUGCGCGGAGUCCUCCAGGCCUCUAGAGGGCAGAGAUGGUCUCGUUUCCUUGCCGAGCAUGCGCCUUAGUUCUCUCUUCUGGGGCUGUGAGCGCGGGGUCGAAGCGCGCGUGCGCGGCGGCGGCUGGCGGCGGCGGUGGGGCGGGGCCUGGGCUGUCAGCCGGCCUAGGAGGAGGAAGGAGUCUGCUGCGUGCGUGUGAGGGGCGGGACCCGGCUGCCUGCGGAGGGUCUGGCUGCGGGAGGUCGGGCCAUGCUGGUGGGCCAGGGUGCGGGGCCGCCGGGGCCCACGGUGGUCGCCGCCGCGGUGGUGCUGCUGCUGAGCGGCCUGGGGCCGGCGCACGGCUCCGAGGACAUCGUGGUGGGCUGCGGUGGCUUCGUCAAGUCGGACGUGGAGAUCAACUACUCGCUCAUCGAGAUAAAGCUGUACACCAAGCAUGGGACUUUGAAAUACCAGACAGACUGUGCCCCUAAUAAUGGUUACUUUAUGAUCCCUUUGUAUGAUAAGGGGGAUUUCAUUCUGAAGAUUGAGCCUCCCCUAGGGUGGAGUUUUGAGCCGACGACCGUGGAGCUCCAUGUGGACGGAGUCAGUGACAUCUGCACAAAGGGCGGGGACAUCAACUUUGUCUUCACUGGGUUCUCUGUGAAUGGCAAGGUCCUCAGCAAAGGGCAGCCCCUGGGUCCUGCGGGAGUUCAAGUGUCUCUGAGAAACACUGGGACCGAAGCAAAGAUCCAGUCCACAGUUACACAGCCCGGCGGAAAGUUUGCAUUUUUUAAAGUUCUGCCUGGAGAUUAUGAAAUCCUCGCAACUCAUCCGACCUGGGCAUUGAAAGAGGCAAGCACGACAGUGCGUGUAACCAACUCCAAUGCCAAUGCGGCCAGUCCCCUCAUAGUUGCUGGCUACAAUGUGUCUGGCUCUGUCCGAAGUGAUGGGGAGCCCAUGAAAGGGGUGAAGUUUCUUCUCUUUUCUUCUUUAGUAACUAAAGAGGAUGUCCUGGGCUGCAAUGUCUCACCAGUGCCUGGGUUCCAGCCCCAAGACGAGAGUCUGGUGUAUUUGUGCUACACGGUCUCCAGAGAAGAUGGCUCAUUCUCCUUCUAUUCAUUGCCAAGUGGGGGCUACACUGUGAUUCCGUUCUAUCGAGGGGAGAGGAUUACCUUUGAUGUGGCACCUUCCAGACUUAACUUCACAGUGGAGCAUGACAGCCUGAAAAUCGAGCCCGUGUUCCACGUCAUGGGAUUCUCUGUCACUGGGAGGGUCUUGAACGGACCCGAAGGAGAUGGUGUUCCAGAAGCAGUAGUCACCCUGAAUAACCAAAUCAAAGUUAAAACAAAAGCUGAUGGCUCAUUCCGCCUUGAGAACAUAACCACAGGCACAUACACCAUCCAUGCUCAGAAAGAGCACCUCUACUUUGAAACGGUCACCAUCAAAAUUGCACCGAACACACCUCAGCUGGCUGAUAUUAUUGCAACAGGGUUCAGUGUCUGUGGUCAGAUAUCAAUCAUUCGCUUCCCCGACACCGUCAAGCAGAUGAGUAAAUACAAAGUUGUCCUGUCAUCUCAAGACAAGGACAAGUCUUUGGUCACCGUGGAGACGGAUGCUCAUGGAUCAUUUUGUUUUAAAGCAAAACCAGGGACUUACAAAGUUCAGGUGAUGGUUCCUGAAGCAGAGACCAGAGCAGGGCUGACAUUGAAACCCCAGAUGUUUCCUCUUACUGUGACCGACAGGCCCGUGAUGGAUGUGGCCUUUGUACAGUUCUUGGCAUCAGUUUCUGGGAAAGUCUCUUGUUUGGACACCUGCGGUGACUUGCUGGUGACUCUACAGUCCCUGAGCCGCCAGGGUGAGAAGCGGAGCCUCCAGCUCUCCGGCAAGGUCAACUCCAUGACUUUCACCUUUGACAACGUGCUCCCUGGAAAAUACAAAAUAAGCAUCAUGCAUGAGGAUUGGUGCUGGAAGAACAAGAGCCUGGAGGUGGAAGUGCUAGAGGAUGACGUGUCUGCAGUUGAGUUCAGGCAGACGGGCUACAUGCUGAGAUGUUCCCUGUCUCACGCCAUCACUCUGGAAUUUUAUCAGGAUGGAAAUGGACGUGAGAAUGUGGGGAUUUAUAACCUCUCCAAAGGAGUCAACCGAUUCUGCCUGUCCAAGCCUGGUGUGUACAAAGUGACCCCUCGCUCCUGCCACCGGUUUGAGCAAGCGUUCUACACCUAUGACACGUCCUCACCUAGUAUCUUGACAUUGACAGCCAUUCGCCACCAUGUCCUUGGAACUAUCACCACCGACAAAAUGAUGGAUGUCACUGUGACUAUCAAGUCGUCCAUCGACAGUGAACCUGCCUUGGUCUUAGGCCCUCUGAAGUCUGUGCAGGAGCUGCGGAGGGAGCAGCAGCUGGCUGAGAUCGAGGCCCGCAGGCAGGAGAGGGAGAAGAAUGGCAAAGAGGAAGACGAAGAAAGAAUGAUCAAGCCUCCCGUGCAGGAGAUGGUAGAUGAGUUACAAGGCCCCUUCUCAUAUGAUUUCUCUUACUGGGCACGGUCUGGAGAGAAAAUCACUGUUACACCAUCAUCUAAAGAGCUGCUCUUUUAUCCCCCUUCAAUGGAAGCCGUUGUCAGUGGAGAAAGCUGCCCAGGGAAGCUGAUCGAGAUCCAUGGGAAGGCAGGCCUGUUUUUAGAAGGCCAGAUCCACCCCGAGUUGGAAGGAGUCGAGAUUGUCAUCAGUGAAAAGGGGGCAAGUUCACCCCUGAUCACAGUCUUUACUGAUGACAAAGGUGCCUACAGUGUUGGCCCCCUGCACAGUGACCUGGAGUACACGGUGACCUCACAGAAGGAGGGCUAUGUUCUGACUGCGGUGGAAGGAACCAUCGGAGACUUCAAGGCCUAUGCCCUGGCAGGCGUAAGCUUUGAGAUAAAAGCUGAGGAUGACCAGCCGCUCCCGGGAGUCCUCUUAUCCCUGAGCGGUGGCCUGUUUCGUUCCAACCUCUUGACCCAGGACAACGGCAUUCUGACAUUCUCAAACCUGAGCCCUGGCCAGUAUUACUUCAAACCCAUGAUGAAGGAGUUCCGGUUUGAGCCAUCCUCACAGAUGAUCGAGGUGCAGGAAGGCCAGAACCUGAAGAUCACCAUUACGGGGUACCGAACCGCUUACAGUUGCUAUGGCACAGUGUCUUCCUUAAACGGAGAGCCCGAACAAGGGGUUGCUGUGGAAGCGGUGGGCCAGAAUGACUGCAGCAUUUACGGAGAAGACACAGUGACAGACGAGGAGGGCAAGUUCAGAUUACGUGGAUUGCUGCCAGGGUGUGUGUACCAUGUUCAGCUCAAGGCAGAAGGCAACGACCACAUUGAGCGGGCGCUCCCACACCAUCGGGUGAUUGAGGUUGGGAAUAAUGACAUCGAUGAUGUAAACAUCAUAGUUUUCCGGCAGAUUAAUCAAUUUGAUUUAAGUGGAAAUGUGAUCACUUCCUCUGAAUACCUUCCUACAUUAUGGGUCAAGCUUUACAAAAGCGAAAACCUCGACAAUCCGAUCCAGACAGUUUCCCUUGGCCAGUCCCUGUUCUUCCAUUUCCCCCCGCUGCUCAGAGACGGCGAGAACUAUGUUGUGCUUCUGGACUCCACACUCCCCAGAUCCCAGUAUGACUACAUCUUGCCUCAAGUUUCUUUCACUGCAGUGGGCUACCAUAAACACAUCACCUUGAUUUUUAAUCCCAUGAGGAAGCUGCCUGAACAGGACAUCGCACAAGGAUCCUACAUUGCCCUGCCAUUGACGCUGCUGGUUCUGCUUGCCGGUUACAACCAUGACAAGCUCAUUCCUUUGCUGCUGCAGUUGACGAGCCGGCUACAGGGAGUCCGCGCGCUCGGCCAGGCAGCCUCUGACAAUAGCGGCCCAGAAGAUGCAAAGAGACAAGCCAAGAAACAGAAGACAAGGCGGACGUGAGGAGGAAGAGGAGGAGUCUCACUUGGGACAGGCCACAGCCAGGGGUCUGGCCACCACCCGCCUGUGGGAUAAAAGCCAAAAGCAUGCGUCAGCUGACUUCAGCCUGUGCUGCUGGCCCCGCACCCCAUGUCCCUUGUCACUGUGGCAUCCUGCACCCAUCCUCAUCCCUCAGUAGAGCCCCUCGUGCAAUGCAAUGAAUGGACCCUCCUGUCACUCUGCUGAACAGAAUUUAUUUUCUGAGUCAAAUAUAAUUUAUAUUUUUGUCAAAGAAGUAUUUAAGCUGUGCUGUGGUGUGAGAAUGUCAUUCUUGAUCUUCAGCCUUCGUUUGCAAGAAGAGUUCCAGUUGACAUGGUGUUUGGUUCCAUGGUGAGGUACCCUAGGGAUUCAUCUGUUUUCUUCACUUCCCUUUGCAUCUGAGAUCCCUGCUGGAAACCACAGCAACCUGUAUCCACUAUUAGGACGUAAAAAUCAAUAAAAUGGCCCAUUCAUUUGUGUUGUAGCUCA